AUGCCACCUCCUGUCGGCAGAUACGGGCCUUCUGGCCUGAGCGGUCCUUAUACACAUUUACAACAAGCGCAUCUCCAACAACAGCAACAGCAACAGCAGCAAGCUCAACAUCAUCCGGCCCACGCCCAGUCGGCCAACACGGCGCUCCCUCCUCCCUCCCUUGGCGGCCACCCCGGUUUUGCGGCCGGCAACCCGAACACUAACAUCAAUCCUUUUACAUUAUCAGGGACAGGGAUUGCGAACGGCAUGUCUGUCGCCGGGUUUACGGGGGCUGGUGAUGGAGGGGGCUCUGGUUUGGCGAGCCACGCGGCCCAGAUCGGUUUCGCGAGAGGGGCACAGAUGCAGCAACAGCAAUUACUUCAGACUCACGAUGGCCGGUUAUCUCUCGAGACGAAAGCGGGCGGCGUGAAGACUCGGAUACGGGAUGUAUGGAAACACAAUCUGGCCCAGGAGAUGGCCGUGUUACGGCAGUUGGUCGAGAAGUAUCCUUACAUCAGCAUGGAUACCGAGUUUCCUGGCAUUGUCGCUCGUCCCAUCGGUUCAUUUACAAAUAAAGCCGAUUAUCACUACCAGACCCUUCGAUGCAACGUUGACCUCUUGAAAAUGAUCCAACUCGGCAUCACCUUGUUCUCGGCCGACGGGGAAGUCCCUCCGCCCAAUGCUACAGAUGCAAAUGGACAGCCAUUGGGAAACAGCCUGGUACCCGCUCCGUGCACAUGGCAGUUCAACUUCCGCUUUUCAUUAGAGAACGACAUGUAUGCGCAGGAAUCGACAGCCAUGCUUGCCAAGGCCGGUAUUGACUUCAAUAUGCACGAAAAGAAUGGAAUCGAUCCUUUCGAGUUUGGAGCCCUUCUGAUCAGUUCUGGACUCGUCCUACUCGACGAUGUACACUGGGUUUCGUUCCAUUCCGGCUACGAUUUCGGCUACCUAAUGAAGAUCAUGUUGUGCCAACCUCUGCCAGAGAACGAGGAGGAUUUCCACACACUUCUCAAGAUUUUCUUCCCGUCGUUAUAUGACAUCAAAUACUUGAUGAAACAUGCAGGACGCAAUCAAGCUGUCAACGAUUCGCCGCUGACUCCAGCCGCCGUGCAGAUCUUGACGAGCCUGGGCCAAAAGUCCGGUCUUCAGGACAUUGCGGACGAGCUCGGUGUGAAGCGGGUCGGCAUUGCGCAUCAGGCAGGGUCUGACUCACUCGUCACGGGCGAGAUCUACUGGAAGAUGCGUCAGCUGAUCUUCAAUGGCAAGAUCGAUGAGGCUAAGUACUCGGGGCAAAUCUGGGGUCUGAACGGCCAAAUGCCAGCACUGACAUAUCACAUGCAACCUCAUCAAACACCGAAUCUCAACGGAGCCACUAUCUACUCGGCAGCCGGGACACCGAGCACACCCAAUACCGGUCGUCAAACUCCUCAACAUCACGGUGUUAAUUUAGGUGGUGCACUGACUCCUGGUGGUGCAGGUGGGGUCUUGGGGGCGUUUCAAACAGGGAAGGCAUGA